AUGUCCAUAAAGGCGGUUCACCUUGAGGUCGUGAGCGAUUUGUCUUCCGACGGUUUCCUUGCAUCGUUGCGACGAUUCAUCGCGAGACGAGGCAGACCAGAACACAUAUACUCGGAUAACGGGACUAAUUUUGUAGGUGCGAACAAUCAGUUAAAGGAAAUAUAUGCCUUGUUAAACUCAAACGAACAUAAAGAACUCGUAAACAAAUAUUCAAAUGAACAGCGCAUUGUCUGGCAUUUCAUACCUCCGAUGGCUCCCCACUUCGGUGGAUUAUGGGAGUCAACAGUGAAACUGUUUAAACAUCAUGUCAAACGUGUCGUAGGUGAGUCAUUAUUUACCUUCGAAGAAUUAAAUACAUUCGCGAUUGAAAUUGAAGGGAUUCUAACCUCGAGACCAAUCACCUCUCUCUCGUCAGAUCCGAAUGACAUGCUGGUACUGACGCCGGCCCACUAUCUCAUUGGCAAACCCAUAACAACCCUCCCAGAGGGUAAUUUGCUAUCUGUUCCAGCCAAUCGAUUGUCCACUUGGCAACACAUCACAAAGGUGCGACAGGAUUUUUGGACUCGUUGGAAUCUGGAAUACUUAAACGAGCUCCAGAAACGCACCAAGUGGAUUAAAGAUGGUCCAACAGUCGAUGUCGGAACAGUGGUUCUGCUUAAGGAAAAACACCUGCCCUGCGCUCAAUGGGCAUUGGGCCGAGUUACCAAAUUACAUCCAGGCAAAGAUGGGAUUACACGAGCGGCCACCAUCCGAACUGCGAACGGAGAGAUAAAACGACCGACAAAUUGUUUAUGUCCACUUCCGAGCGAAUAG